ACCGCACCGACUGUCUCUGUCUCGUCCUACUCGUACCAACGGGGUCAAUCUGCGAUGGGCUGGUUUUCAAACCUCUUUUCGUCAGCUCCAUCGACUGCCAGCGCACGGCGAAAGAUGGCCUUGUCUACCCACGAUGCUUUCUCCUUGCCAACCUCCUCACCCCUCACCGCCUCUCAUCUGGAUUCAUUCUCUCGCUCAAGUCCAGACGGACCGGACGUUGAAGUAAUGACGCCCUCUUCAUCGUCGUAUGCAUACCCUCCGCCCGCCAGUCCGACAACAUAUGAUUACGUGCCUAGGCAGAAUGGCAGGAUUUUAUCCUCCCAAUCUCGCCAGCAAUCAUUGUUGCCUUUACAUAACGACGCACCGUUAUCACCGCUUCCUCCUUAUCCGCCCUUAGCGCAAACAUGGGCGCGACUACAAAGAUGGCUCUCAAGAGAAUACCCUGAGCUUGGCGACACCCUAAACUAUGGUAUCUUGCCGCAGGACUUAGCGGACAUCGAAAUGGCACUUGGAAUUUCUCUACCAUCUCCUGUCCGAGAGUCGUACCUCCUUGUCGAUGGGCAGGAAGCGGAAUCAUCAGCGGGCUGUUCGGAGGGCUUGUUCUUUGGUCUGUCAUUUCUCCCGCUCGAGGAUGUGCUGGAAGAAUGGCGCUUCUGGCGUGAGGUCGAUACCGAUCCGGCUACCGGUGCAAAUGUCCGGCUGAAGGAGGUUAUGCAAUCAAUCCCACCAGGCUGGGUACGGAGGGAAUAUUCACAGCGUGGGUGGAUACCACUUGUCACCGAUAAAGCCGGGAACUAUCUGGGCGUGGAUUUAAAUCCGGAUGAAGGGGGCGCAGUAGGGCAAGUCAUCGUUUUUGGGCGUGACUUUGACACGAAGGUUGUGAUGUGGAGGGGCGAGGGUUCAACCGGAUGGGCGACCUGGUUAGCUGCUUUCGUGGAAGAUUUGGAAAACGGGGAAGGAUUCGAGCUCGGACACGUAAGUGAUGGAAGCGAAGGAUCCGAAGAUGAUAUUGGAUACGAGAGCUAUUUCUUUGAUGGGAGCGGAAGAACGAAAGGCGAUGGCGAUGGUGAAUCGGGAGCUGGUAUGCGGCUUGCCGGUGAAUACCGUGGUUGGAGCGUUUUGGAGGCCUGGGCCGACAAAAGCGUGAAGAAAUGGCGAGAAUCCGGUAUUCUUUCUGACGGGUCUGCUUCACCGAAAGAAAAGACCAAAGCUGCCAAGCAUGGUCUUGGUGUUCUUGAUCUCGCUGCCGCCUCCUCUGGAUCUGGCGCAGAAGUACCUAUACCCGUACUCAACAACGGCGUGCUUGAGGAUGAUCAAGCAACUCCGACAGCAGCACUGACAAAUAUGACCAACAAGAGACGUAAUUCGAAUGACGACUCAAGCAAACCUCCUUCACCCUUGCCUACUAUUUCUGUCACAAAGCCUCCUGCACCUCGUCCCGUGGAUCUUCCUUCUCUGCAAGACUUCCAAACAUCAUCCCCAAUAGACUCACGAGGAACAUCAUUUGACCAGGAUCUUGAACGAGGUCGACAACUGUCUUUGGAUGAAGUCGUCCACCCUCUCAGUGGUGCACAGGUAGCCGUGAAGCCACCCUCUCCAAGUACUCCUACUGCUCGACGGCCAAAUGAGUUGACUUCGCCCGUUAAAGAAGCAACCCUCGUUCAAAUUCCUUUAGAAGAGCCAAGUCCUGAGAAGCCUUCUCCGGAUGUUUCGGACCUGCUACAAGAAAACGAUACUAGCAGUAUGACGAUUGUCCCGUUGGAGCCGGUUGCAUCGCCUGCUGGCGAAUCCGACUCUAAAGUCGGAGUUCUAAAGGAGUUCGCUGCUGAAUCUACAUCCCCUGUUCAGUCCGAGGCCCCAAGUUCGCUGUCCUCUUCCGUUGUUAAUGGGACCGAGAAGUGGGACCGGCCUGACGCUGACAAUGAGAAACCCGAAGCUGUUGAGAAGGAAGCUUCGGAAGACGCAUACGAAGGGAAGGUUGAACAGGAAGGAUCCCCAGACCAUACGAUCCGCCUUGUAGGCGGCGGGGGGUCAACGGGUAUCGUAUCUGAACCCGAACCGAUCGAAGAAACUCCCGCCGAGACUGACCGUGCUGAUGUCGCCUCGUUAUCUUCCGUAACUUCUGCCCGAAAUUCAACAGAUACUGAGGCAACGAAUGGCAUCAAGGGGUCGAAACACGAGAAGAAGAAGAGUUUCUCGCAGGGCCUGAAGCGAAUCAGCAAACUCGGAGGACCGAAACGCAAGACAGACUCUAAAGAGAAGGCAGGUAUCCCCUGAUAGAUUUGUACGGACAUUGUGCAGCUCUAUUCUUUCAUAAUAUUUAGCCGAAGUCGGCUUAAUCAUAUUCGUUCACUCUCGAUUCAUUCUUUUUUACUAUAUAUUCGCACUGCAUCGUCACACUGAACUUUUUUUUUCUUUUUCUGUUUUCUGUUUUGUUUUCUUUUUUUGAUACUCGCUCACUUACUCCGUUCACCCAUCAUUCAUGUACCAACGCAUAGUUAUCC